AUGGCAGAAGGAGGUGAUGUAGAAUGGGAGCUUUGCAAAGAAAACAUUCAGCCACUGAGACGGGGCAGGGCCAUUUCAGCCUUACAUCAGGCACUCAACCAGCAACAGGAUGGACCCAUCUCAGCAACCAGUCAACAGAGACAGGCCUUUGAGUCUGAACUGCGCAUGUAUGAUGGAGAUGAUCCACUUGAUGUUUGGGAUCGGUAUAUUAAGUGGACAGAGCAAACGUUUCCUCAAGGAGGAAAAGAAAGCAACCUCGCCACACUGUUGGAGCGGGUGGUGACCAGAUUCACUGAGGAACAAAAGUACCACAAUGACCCGCGCUAUGUUGACCUCUGGAUCAAAUUUACAAAAAACUGCCACGAUCCGUUGGAGGUUUACAGUUAUAUGCAAACACACAAAAUUGGAGUGACGCAGGCAUCCCUCUACAUCGCCUGGUCUGAGGAGUAUGAGAACCAGGGCAACUAUCGCCAGGCGGAUCUGGUUUUUCAAGAGGGAUUCAAGAAGUGUGCUGAGCCACAUGAUAAGCUCCUCCAGUUUCACAAGGCUCUGCAGGCGCGGGUGUCCCGGCAGGUGAUGAUGAAUGAGGCGGACGACAGCAGUGACGAUGAGCCCAAACAGCCAGAGAGAAUGUCUCUAGCUGAUCUCAAACACAGAGGCAAGAAAAAAGCAAUCGCUCCCGUCAACAGAACCGGAGGGGCCAUCAGAAGUGUCACCGGGGGCCUGCAGUCCCACGGCACCUCGGUUCUGGGCAGCGUUUCGAACAGCCGCCUGCUGAUCUUUGACGAGAACAGAGCCCCAAGCGCCAGUCUGCCCGAGCCCAGGCCGGAACCGUGGCUGGCUCCGCCCACAUCUAAAGCAAAAGAGAAUGAGCAGAGGCCAGAAAAAUGGUGUGACGUCAAGGUACCCCAGAAAACAAAAUUUGGACAUACCGCAAUGGCUCCACCGCCUCCCAAACCCACCUUCCAGCCAUUUGUUGAGGAAUCAGACCAACUACCAGCAAUGACACCGUGUAAGAUCAACCCCGCCGUGAACACAGUUCUGUCGGCGCGCAAGCCGAGCCGGGAGGAAACCCCCCUGAAACGGCUGCAGCAGAAGGAGGCCGAGGCGGGGAAGCCGCAGGAGCAGAGCAUGUACUGUAAAGAGCUGCUGCUCAGCGGCGCCACCGAGUUCUGCUUUGAGGAACUGCGUGCCGAACGCUACUUCAAAAAGAAGGCACAGGAGUCGCAGGCUGGCAAAGAGGAGAAGGACCGAAGGACAGACUGCUAA